AUGAUGGAUGUGAACAGCAACAAAGUGUCGGCCGAGUCCUCGAAAAAGUCCUUCGAAACCGCGAGGAAGGAGCUACGCGCUAUAGUGGCUAAAAUCGAAGAGAAUGGAUUCGCCAACAGGACAUUGAAGCUGUUCCACGCGCAGUCCUUGCUCAAACCCGGUGGAUCGAAAUUCCGUAAGAGACACCUGUGGAUCCUCUUGAUCUUCGCCUGGAUUCUGGGACAAUUUUUAUGGAAUUACGCGCGUUCUGCUCGUCACGACAAGUGUCUGGCGGAGCUGCCCUCGUUCACGCAGAAAAUUUUCCGACCUGCCGAGGAUUGCUCGAUCUGUCGGGACGUUCAACAGGUUGACAGGAUAUCGAACGUGGUUCCUGGGACUUUCGAGGAACGUUAUGCGUACUCUGGAAGGCCUGUGGUGAUCACAGACGCCAUGACAAACUGGACCGCUCCGAGGGUGUUCUCCUUUAUGUUUCUCAAGUCAUUGUACGACGGCGAGGACGCAAAUUGCCAGUUCUUUCCAUACAAAACCGAGUUCAAGAGCCUUCAAGACGUUUUCGAAAUGGACGCCAGUCGGUCUUUGCUCGAGGAGGGAACGAAGCCGUGGUACGUGGGCUGGAGCAACUGCGACGAAAAAGUCGGCAACGUGCUUAGGCAACAUUACCAAAGACCCUAUUUCCUUCCCCCGACCGCUGAGAGCGAGAAGACCGAUUGGAUUUUCAUGGGAAGCCAUGGCUACGGGGCUCCCAUGCACGUGGACGACGUGGACCAUCCGUCGUGGCAGGCGCAAAUAAAGGGUGAGAAACUGUGGAUCUUGGAACCGCCGAGGGAAUGUCAUUACAACUGCAACAGGCUGGAAGUUGUGGUGCAUUCUGGCGAAAUAAUCGUUCUGGACACCAAUCGCUGGUACCACCAAACAAGGAUCGUUUCGGACGAGAUGAGCAUCACCAUCGGCGCGGAAUACGAUUGA